CACAUAUGAACAUGAAUGCCCAGACACAGAAGAGAAACAUGGAAAAAAACAAGGACACUCUGAUUCAGUCCAGAUGAAAAAUGACCAGACUGGAGUCAGCCAGGAUAUAAAAGCUGAAACAUGUGCAAGUGUAUAUGCUCCUUUAUUGGCUCGAAACAUCAUCAGUGGAACAAUAAACUUUUAUGGCUCAAAUCCUGCAGGAAAUGAGACAGCAGAGGAACAGAGAGAAAAUCAAGUUUUGAGGCUGCAAAAAUUCUUGGAAACUCACAAAACCAACAUGAAGAAGAAAGUAGAACGUAUUUUUGAGUGCAAGAAAGAAAAUGAAGCACGUCUCGAGGCUGUUUACACAGAACUGUUCAUCACAGAGGGAGAUAUGAAAGAUGUCAAUCAGGAACAUGAGUUUCUGAAAAAUGAUCAUGCUCUAAAGACCCAGAAAUCACAGGACAGACCAAUCAACUGCAAUGAUAUAUUUACAUUAUCAAGGAGAAAAAAUGAGAAAAAGAUUGUGUUGACUAAGGGCAUUGCUGGCAUUGGAAAAACUGUGUCUGUUCAUAAGUUCAUCAUGGACUGGGCAGAAGGAAAAGCCAAUCAGGAUAUAGACUGUGUGUUCAUGCUUCCAUUCCGAGAGAUUAACUGCAUUAAAGACAGAGAGGUCAAUCUUCAUGAGUUCUUACAGGUAUUUUAUAAAGAACUGAAGGACCUGGCGAAAUCAAAGUUAUAUACGGAAUCUAAACUUGCAUUUAUAUUUGAUGGACUUGAUGAGAGUCGACUGCCUUUGAAUUUUGAAAGCGGAAUAUUGAACAGUGUUCAGGAAAGAUCAUCUGUAGAUGUGCUGUUUAUGAGUCUGGUCAAAGGGAAUCUGCUUCCAUCAGCUCUUGUCUGGGUGACCUCACGCCCAGCAGCAGCCAAUCAGAUCCCUCCUCAGUAUGUAGGUUUGUUCACAGAAGUGCGAGGAUUCACUGACCAACAGAAGGAGCAGUACUUCAGAAAGAGAAUCACAGAUGAGGCUCAAGCCUCCAGAAUCAUCUCACAAAUUAAGACAUCUCGUAGUCUCUACAUCAUGUGCCACAUUCCUGUGUUCUGCUGGAUCACAGCCACAGUACUUCAGGAUAUUCUCAUUGAGAACAAUACAGAGAACAUCAGCACAACACUCACUGAAAUGUACAUUCACUUCCUGCUGAUACAGAUGAACAUGAAGAAUCAGAAGUAUGAUGAACAAGAAGAAAGACAACGUACAAAGCACUUACAAUCAAAUAGCGAAAUGAUUUUGAAGUUAGCCAAGCUGGCGUUUGAACAGCUGAAGGAGAAACACAUUGUGUUCUAUGAGGAAGAUCUGGAAAAAUGUGGUAUUGAGGUGAAUGUAGCCACUGAGUUCACAGGAAUGAUUGCUGAGAUCUUUAAGAAGGAAAAUGGACUUCAUGAGAUAAAGGUCUUCUGCUUUGUGCACCUGAGUGUUCAAGAGUUCCUCGCUGCAGUGCAUGUUAUCAUCUGUUACAUGAACAAGAACAUGCAGGAGCUUCAGUUUUUCUUUGAUGAGCCAAAACAAAAUGUCACUUUGCAGGAGCUACUACAGAAGGCUGUUGAUGAAGCCAUAAAGAGUGAGAGCGGACAUCUGGACCUGUUCCUACGGUUUCUGAUGGGCAUUUCACUGAAAUCUAACCAAACCCUGCUCAAAGGCCUGAUCACCCACACUGAAGACACCACAGAAAGCAUUACACAAACAGCUGAAUACAUUAAACGAGUCCAAAACGAAUACAGUAUCUCAGAUGAAACUUCAGUCAACCUAUUUUUCUGUUUACUUGAGCUCAAGGAUCAUUCGUUAUAUGAGGAAAUCCAGAGUUACCUUAAUUCAGAUGAACAUCCGGGAAGAAAAUUCUCAUCUUCGAUGUGCACAGUGCUGACCUACAUACUGCUGAUGUCAGAGAAGGUGCUGGAUGAGUUCGACCCAAAGAGGUUCACAUCAUCACAAGCAGACUACAAGAGACUCAUUCCAGCUGUGAGAUGUUGCAGAAAAGCCUUAUUUGACGGCUGUGGUUUUGAUAAAACAUGCUGUGAAACUCUGUCUUCUGCUCUACAAUCAUCAAACUCUCAUCUGACAGAGCUGGACCUGAGUAGCAAUCACCUGCAGGAUUCAGGAGUGAAGCUGCUUUAUGAAGGACUGAAGAGUUCACACUGUCAACUGAACAUACUGAGAUUUUCCAUUUGUAAUCUCACUGCUCACUCUUGUGAGAGUUUGUCAUCAGUUUUACAAUCAUCAAACUCCAUCCUGAGAGAACUGGACCUGAGUAACAAUGACCUGCAGGAUUCAGGAGUGAAGCUGCUUUCUGAAGGACUGAAGAGUCCAAACUGUCAGCUGGAGAUACUGAGUGUGGAUCAUGGCGGAGAAUCCAGGAUUACAGCAGGACUAAAGAAAUAUGCCUGUGAUCUCACACUGGAUCCAAACACAGCAAACACUCAACUCAUUCUGUCUGAGGAGAACAGAAAGGUGACAUGUUUGGACAAGAAAAAGCCGUAUCCUGAUCAUCCAGACAGAUUUAAUGUUUAUCCUCAGGUGCUGUGUAGAGAGAGUGUGUGUGGACGCUGUUACUGGGAGAUUGAAUGGAGUGGAGAUGAUGGUGUGUAUAUAUCAGUGUCAUAUAAGAGCAUCAGCAGGAAGGGAGAGGAGGGUGAUGAGCGUUGGUUUGGAUGUAAUGAUCAUUCCUGGAGUUUGAUCUGCUGUCCUGACAGAUACUCAUUCAGACACAAUAAGAUAGUGACUUGUCUCCCUGUAGAGCCAAUCAUCGGCAGUAGAAUAGGAGUGUAUGUGGAUCACAGUGCAGGAACUCUGUCCUUCUACAGAGUCUCUGACACAAUGAGCUUCAUCCACACAGUCCAGACCACAUUCACUCAACCGCUCUAUCCUGGGUUUAAGGUUUACUAUAAAUCAUCAGUGAAGCUGUGUUGAUGAAUCAGAAUAGAUUGAUGAGAGAUUCUACCCAUAAUGCUUUGAGCUGCAUAA